CCUGCUCGGCGGCGGAGGCGGCGGCAGCGGCAGCGGUUGUUCCUGCCUCUCCGCCACCUCCACCCCGGCCUAGCUCCCGGCUGGCGGCGUUGGCGGGGAGGGGGACAGUAGUUGUAGACGCCCGCCCCUGCCUCAGAGAAGGAGAAUGGGAGUGGAGUAUUAGACAAAAAUAGAUUUUAUCAUCUCUGCAUCGUGAUUUUUGGCUCCCUGGUUGGUUACUGCACAGUCUCACCGUGUGGGAAGUUCAGCUGAAAAACUGAAGCAGUUAAUGAGCAAAUAUGAGGUUUCUCCACCAAGUUCUCAGCCUGAUAAGGAGAAUCCCUUGUUGUGAACCUAAUGAAGCAUUCAAAGAAGACAUAUGACUCUUUCCAAGAUGAACUCGAAGAUUAUAUUAAAGUGCAGAAAGCCAGAGGCUUAGAGCCAAAGACUUGUUUCAGAAAGAUGAGAGAGGACUAUUUGGAAACCUUUGGGUACGAAGAAGAGGUUGAUUCCAGACCCAGAUAUAGAAUGUCUGAUCAAAGACUCCCAUCUGAAACUGUCCAGACUUACCCAAGGUCAUACAAUAUUCCGCAAACAUUGGUAAACCAGUUACCUCAGCACCUACCAGCUCAUGAUAGCAGACUGAGACUAGACUCUCCAAGCUGUUGUCAACUCACCAGGGACUAUUCCUCAGAAAAACCAGUACCCCUGAACCGUAGUCAGCAAGAAUAUAAUUAUGGCUCAUACAGUGGAGAAUCUGCAGUUUACAAGCACCUCUCCUCAGAAAACAGUACCAGUGUCUAUCAAGCCAGUCAUAAACAGAUACAUCAGAAGAGAAAAAGGCACCCUGAGGAAGGCAGAGAAAAAGCAGAGGAGGAGCGGCCCAAACAUAAGAAGAAAAAAAGUUGUGAGGAGAUGGAUUUAGACAAACACCAGAGCAUCCGAAGAAAGAAAGCAGAGGUGGAAACAGUCAGUGUCAGUACAGAAAAGCUUAAGAAUCGAAAGGAGAAGAAAAGCCGAGAAGUAUCUUCUAAGAAAGAGGAACGUAAGCGUAGAAAAGAGAAAAAGGAUCAAGGCCAAGAAAGGACAGAGGAGGAAAUGCUGUGGGACCAGUCUAUCCUUGGAUUUUGAAGCUGUUUAGUUGGUUAUCCUGAGAUUGAAUUGAAAAAAAUAGUUGAGUAGUUUGGUCUCACAAGGUUCAUGUUCAUAUCCCUUAUAUGAACAGGUACUUUAACCUCUAACAAAGGCCACCUGAAUGGAAAGUAUUUAGUAUGCUUUAUUCCCCAACACAGAAAUUGCUUUUCCAUACUUUUUAAAAGCAUCAUUACAUUUUUUUUUAAUAUAUAAUCUCCCUUAAUGAGAAUGGCUCUGCUUUUUAUUCAUCAGAUUGCUAUGAUAGUGGAGUUAUUUUCCCUUUGGAGAUCAUUUACUUUAAACUGGAGGAUUCAUAGGCUUUGCAGAAUCUAUUUCUUGGUUGGGUUUGCUUUGGUUUUAGUGGGAUACUUUUUGGUUUUCUCUGUGAAGCAAUUUAGAAUGAUUAUUUCCUUUGUUAGCUCUAACUUGCUGUGUAUUUCCUAGGCUGGAAAUUGGAAAAUGAAAUGUAUUAUAAUAAUAAGCUUAGAUUAAAUAUAGUUUUAAAAGUUUUCAAAGAGUCCUGAUGCAAAUCAGCAUUUAUUCUGGAAAUGUUUAUAAUAAAGUGUUCU